ACCACCGCCCGGCCGCCCGGCUUCAUUUUUAAUUCUUAACACUGCCCCUUAAAUGGAGACAUGUUCUGAACAAAGGCUAAUUGAGUUUUAGGUAGCAGAAGGCCUGAAAAAUUAAUGCUGUGCGCCCUUCCACGGGACUCCGAGCUGCAAGGACAGCUGCUCUUUACCUUCAGCAGACCUCAGAAACUAGAAAUAUUUAUUUCAGGCUCCACCGGACUGGCCCCUGUGGUCAGGGAUGGAAAGCACCUGUCAGGUGUUGCUGCCUGGGCUAACUGGCGACUUUGAAGCCUGUGGCUUGAGUAGCCUCUGCUCCCAACCGUCUUUCUGGGGCUUGAAACCACAGCUGGCGUCGAGCGCCCCCUACAGGCGACGCAGGGAAGCGGGCGUUGGUAGAGUGCUUGCCGAGUACCCACAGCCCUCCUGCGGGGGAGGACGAGCCACGCUCCGGAGGGUGACUAGCCCGGUGACCUUGAGCGGGGCGGGAGUUGGAACCCUCGGGUUUCUUCCCGUCCCGACGCCACCUGGGCCUAGCUCGAGGUCACGAGUGCUCGCACGGCGGCUGAAGGUGGAAGGGGCCGCUCACCGCAGCCAGCGCGCACGGCCCAGGAGCCGGCCUACCGCGGCGGGCGGAGCUACGGCCGGAAGGUUCGGGCGCUUCUCCGGAAGACUUCUCCCGCAGCCAAUCAGCGUUGAGACCUUCACCGGAAGGCGGUGUCUCCCGGAGCAACCAACCGGACCACGGCCUUGAGUUCGGUGGCGGGAAAGGCCAUGAGUAAAAGCCGGGCCGAGGCUGCAGCCGGAGCCCCCGGGAUCAUCCUGAGGUACCUGCAGGAACAAAACCGGCCCUACAGCGCCCAGGACGUGUUCGGAAACCUGCAGAAGGAGCAUGGACUGGGCAAGGCGGCGGUGGUGAAGGCUCUGGAUCAGCUGGCCCAGCAAGGCAAGAUCAAAGAGAAGACGUAUGGCAAGCAGAAAAUUUAUUUUGCCGAUCAGGACCAGUUUGACACAGUGAAUGAUGCUGACCUCCACAGCCUGGAUGCCAAAAUUGUGGCCCUCACUGCCAAGGUGCAGAGCCUACAGCAGAGCUGCCGCCACAUGGAGGCUGAGCUGAAGGAAUUAACAAGUGCGCUGACCACUCCGGAGAUGCAGAAAGAGAUCCAGGAGUUAAAGAAGGAAUGUGUUCACUAUACAGAGAGACUGGGGAACAUCAGAGCAGCCACUAACCACGUCACGCCAGAAGAGAAAGAGGAGGUGUACAAAGAAAGGCAGAAGUAUUGUAAAGAGUGGAGGAAGCGGAAGAGAAUGACCACCGAGCUGUGUGAUGCGAUCCUCGAAGGAUACCCCAAGAGCAAGAAACAGUUCUUUGUAAGUGACUCUUUCUCUUGCUCCCCUGGGAUCUCUGCCCAGAGGACUCCUCCAUUUCUUUCCUUGCCCCACAGGAGGAAGUUGGGAUAGAGACAGAUGAAGAUCAUAAUGUCAGGCUCCCAGACCCCUGAGGGGCCCUUGGGGACUGGGAGCGGAUGUCCUGGGCUGGCUGCCUUGUUGAGGAGGCCUUCUAACUGUUCUCGCUGCUCUCCACCGUGAGUGGUAGGGAGGGAAGUACAGAGCUGGUGAUCAGAAAGAGAUGGUCAUGUCCCUUUUGUUGUCCAUGUCACAAAGGCCUCCACAAGGACUUCACAACCUUCAAGGAAAGUAUCUGGAAUAUUUAUUGUAAUAUAAUUUGAUAUAAAAAUACUUAAUUUCCUCUGGA